UGUGUCUUCAAUGCUCUUGUUAGUUUGUGGCUAUUUAUUUCCUUAUGGCCUCAUCAAAAACAAAGGAAAAUUGUGAGGACAAGAUAUUCCUAGUCACUAAUUUACUUACAAAUGGAUGGUUGAAAAUGAACUCUACCCAAAAAAAAAAAAAGGCGAACAUCAAGUAUUUCAUCUUCUCUAGCAUGCACAUAAAGUGUUUGAGUAAAAUACUGAGUGAGAGGUAAAAAAAAAAAAAGUUGAAAAGAAGAACAAUGGAAGCUCUGUUAUCUUCCACUACUCUUCAACUCAAACCCCUUCAUCCACCCUCUUCUUUCUCUUCUCUUCACUCUCCAUUUUCUUCUACUUCUGUUCUUAGAGUAAAGGUUAACAGAAAAGCUGAAAAUAUUAUUCAAAGAAACCAUUUUUCCACUGUUUUGCCACUUAGAGUCUCUGCUAGUUCUCAAGCUGCAGCUGCUGAAACGUCCACAAGUACUUCUAUUCCUUCUGAAAUGAAAGCUUGGAGUUAUACUGAUUAUGGAAGUGUUGAUGUUUUGAAGUUUGAGUCCAAUGUUUCAGUUCCUGAUAUUAAGGAAGAUCAAGUCUUGAUUAAGGUUAUUGCUGCUGCUCUUAACCCUGUUGAUUUUAAACGACGGCUCGGAAAAUUCAAGGCCACUGAUUCUCCACUUCCUACUGUGCCAGGUUAUGAUGUUGCUGGUAUGGUAGUGAAAGUUGGUAGUCAAGUAAAGGGAUUAAAAGAAGGGGAUGAAGUAUAUGGAGAUAUACAUGAGAAAGCAUUAGAUGGACCAAAGCAAUUUGGAUCUUUAGCUGAGUACACUGCUGUUGAAGAGAAACUAGUUGCUUUGAAGCCCAAGAAUCUGAGUUUUGCAGAGGCCGCUGCUCUUCCUCUAGCUAUUGAGACUGCUUAUGAAGGUCUUGAGAAAGCUGGAUUUUCUGCUGGCAAAUCCAUUCUUGUUUUGGGAGGUGCUGGUGGUGUUGGAUCCCUUGUAAUCCAGCUUGCCAAACAUGUAUUUGGUGCUUCAAAAGUAGCAGCUACCUCCAGCACAGGGAAGUUGGAACUCCUGAAAAGCUUAGGAGCUGAUUUAGCUAUUGACUACACUAAGGAGAAUUUUGAAGACCUGCCUGACAAGUUUGAUGUUGUUUAUGAUUCAGUUGGUCAGGGCGAAAAGGCGGUGAAGGCAAUGAAGGAAGGUGGGAGUGUGGUAGUGCUAACAGGGGCAGUAACACCACCGGGUUUUAGAUUUGUAGUGACAUCAAAUGGAGAGAUGUUGAAGAAACUGAACCCAUACUUGGAGAGUGGGAAGGUGAAACCAGUGAUAGAUCCAAAGGGACCAUUCCCAUUUGAUAAGGUUGUGGAUGCUUUCUCUUAUCUUGAAACUGGAAGAGCCACUGGGAAAGUUGUCAUUCAUCCCAUUCCUUGAAAGAUACCUCUCAUUUUGUACAAUUUCUAAUACAUUUUAGGGAAAAUGAGAAGUUUUUGUUCCUCAAAGCCUUUUGUGUCAUAUGGUUGAUAAAAACAUGUAUGUUGAUCAUGUUGUUGGACAGAAAUAAUUACUGAGGAGGAAUUUUGUGUUCACUCUUUGUGAAA